GGCAAUUAACUAACGAUAAACGAUUAGCGUUAAACUAACGGUAAACUGACUCUUUUGUUCUAAGUAGUGGCGAAAAUUUUCCAGAGUAUUUCAUAUAAUUUAAAAAAUUAGUGUAAUUUAUUUGCGAUACUGUUACUCAUUUUAUGUCACCUCACUAUUUCACCACACUUGUUGAAAGUUUAUUUUUUUGAAAAUUACUAAAUUUGUGUUGAAAAGUAUGUAGAUAGCUGGCAAAAACAAGCACGUAGUGAGAAGCUUAAAAAAAAAGAUUUAAUAAAUUUCAACAAUUUACCCAUCUCUCUCUCCGCUACGCAUACGGGUUCUGCACAAAACCCAUCAUCCCACUAUCAUCUGUCAUCGAAUCGCUAUCAUUCUAUCAUCUACCCUCCCGCAACGCUAGAAAACCCGCCAUUUUGAAAGAUUUCCAUAACACAUUGCGCGCCCGCAAGCCGCAUAGAAACGACAUUGAAUUACCGCCGCCCUCUCCCACGCGCCUUGCCGCCGCCAGCUUUGAUGAUUACGUUAGGAGUGCUUGCUUCGAUAAUCUCCACUUAAUGGGCGCCAAAUUGACUAAGGGCAAUACCGUCACGAAGAAGCCGCCAAAGCGCCGUGUUACACUGAAUGCAAUAAGUAGGCUACACACACAGCAGCAGCAGCAACACCAAGCUUCGAGCGAAGCAACACCACCGCCGCCACAAUCGUCGCAAUGCGAGAAGGUUCGCACACGCAAUUACGAUGAAAGGAUGACGGUUGCCCAUUCAGAGCAAACAAGAGAGCAAAGCCUUGGCGACCCAAAAACUUUGUCUGCAACUUUGACAUACACUGCGUGUCCUUUAAAGGCCAUCAGUAAACCCACAACGCCGCCGCGUCAUACUCAAACACAGCCGACAAAUAACGCAGACAGCAAGUCAAGAAAUAAAUUGAAGUCCAAAGUGCCAUCGGAGCCAAGUUUAAGCGGAGACGCGGGCACUGUAAUGACGGACCAUGAUGAGGAAGACGUGCAACGCGGCGAAGUACGUAACAACCAAUCAUAUGAAAUGCUGAAAAUGCACUCACAGCAGCAGCAACAACAACUGAAACGCUACGCACCAUCAUCAUCGCCGCUUACAGCACCCAUGCAAAUGCUUCAGAGACGUCAGACCACUUUCGACAAGCUGCCCAACAACACGAUUAACGUAACAACUGUCGAAACUGCGACCACCUCGUCGGCAACCACCUCACAUACGAAAUUGGAUGUGAAUGCCAUACGUUCCUUGACGAUAUGUCGUCCCAAACGCAAAAAGUUAGUGCGUCAAUCGAUUUCGUCACAUGCCGCACCAAUGAAGGCGAUCCCUUUGAUAAAAGAAAGCAUAGAGAUUUUUACGAUGCCAUUAAAGUUGCCAAGCAAUGGCGGUGAGCAGCUGAAAGACAACGACAGCCGUAUAUUGGCCGACGACGAGACAGAAGAUGAGAUUAAGGUGAUAAAGGCGCCGCCGAAGUUGGCACGUGACAAGUCAUUUGUGCUCAGGUUUGUAUGAAUACGUAUGCAGAAGGCGAGGCCAGGAAGACUCAUUUUAACUGUGAUCCCAAAUCAUCUCAAGAAUUUAGUGACAGUAUCGCAAGAUUAUUUUUACUUUAACGUAUUUAUUAUCGUACGCUUUCUAAACAUUUUUACUUCACUAAUUAUAAUAUAU